AUGGAGUGCUUGGUGGUGGCUCACUGUCACCCUAGCAGCCUGGUGUCCAAGGUGAUGAUGGACUGGUCUUCUUCCGGCCUGAGCCCUAGAGAAGAGGCCCGGGAGUCCGGGGUCCAGCCAGAGCCCUGGUCCCAGGGGAAAGGCCCUAGCCCCUACCACUGCCCCGCCCCUCAUGGAGCAGAGAGGGGCGGCUCACCACCAGGGAAGAAUUUCCGCCUAGCGCACUUGGUACGCCACAGGCUGGCCACAAUGGAGUCCUCAGCGGUGGCCCAGCUCCAUAGUGCAGGCUCCUGCACAGCCUGGGCUUUGUCGCCCCCUAGUGGCCGGAGCGGGUCUCGGCGGCGUCGCAUUCAGGGCAGGGUCCUGCUCCUGGCCAUCUGUGCGGCUGGCAUUGGUGGGACUUUUCAAUUUGGCUACAACCUCUCCAUCAUCAGUGCCCCGACGUUGCACAUCCAGGAAUUCAUCAAUGAGACAUGGUGGGUGCGAACUGGCCAGCCAUUGCCCAACCACCUAGUUCUGCUUCUGUGGUCCCUCAUUGUGUCUCUGUACCCCCUGGGGGGCCUCUUUGGAGCGCUGCUUGCCGGGCCCCUGGCCAUCAUGCUGGGAAGGAAGAAGUCCCUCCUGGUGAACAAUAUCUUUGUGGUGGCCGCGGCGACCCUGUUUGGCUUCAGUCGCAGAGCAGGCUCCUUUGAGAUGGUCAUGCUGGGCAGGCUGCUCAUGGGAGUCAGCGCAGGUGUGAGCAUCAAUGUCCAGCCCAUGUACCUAGGGGAAAGUGCCCCCAAGGAGCUCCGAGGAUCUGUGGCCAUGAGUUCAGCUGUCUUCACUGCACUGGGGAUCGUGAUAGGCCAGGUGGUUGGAUUCAGGGAGCUCCUGGGGGACCCACAGGUCUGGCCCCUGCUGCUGGCCAGCUGCCUGGUGCCUGGGGUGCUCCAGCUUGCCUCCCUCCCUCUGCUCCCUGAGAGCCCACGCUACCUCCUCAUUGACCGUGGAGACAUGGAGGCCUGUCUGGCAGCGCUGCAGCGGCUGCGGGGCACAGUGGACGUGGCGGGUGAGCUGGCCUAUCUGGAGGAGGAGCGUACCGCCUGCCAGGGCCGGCGCGCCCUGCGCCCGUGGGAGCUGUUCCAGGAUCGCGGGCUGCGGAGACAGGUGAUGAACCUCACGCUGCUGGGCAGCGCCAUGGAGCUCUGCGGAUCCGACUCGAUGUACGCCUACGUCUCCUCGGUGUUCCGGGAGGCCGGGAUCCCUGAGGGGAAGGUCCAGUACGCCAUCGUGGGGACUGGGAGCUGCGAGCUGCUUGCGGUUUGCCUCAGUUGUGCAGUGAUCGAGAGGGUGGGCCGCCGGAAGCUGCUGAUAGGGGGGUACUCUCUGAUGGCCUGCUGCGGAAGUGUCUUUACGGUGGCCCUGUGCCUGCAGAGCUCCUUCCCCUGGAUGCCCUACCUGGCCACAUCCUGCGUCUUUGCCUUCAUCCUCAGCUUUGGCAUUGGCCCUGCCGGAGUAACAGGGAUCCUGGCCACGGAGCUGUUUGACCAGAAGGCCCGGCCUGCUGCCUACAUGGUCUGCGGGGUGCUCAUGUGGGCCAUGCUCUUCCUGGUCGGGCUGGGGUUUCCCUUCAUCGUGGAGGGCUUGUCCCACUUUCUCUAUGUGCCUUUCCUCUGUGUCUGUGUCUGUGCGGCCGUCUGUACUGGCUUCCUGCUCCCCGAGACCAAAGGCAAGACCUUUCUGGAAAUCUCUGAGGAACUGCACAGACUCAACUUCCCUAGGCAGAACCAGGGCCCCGAGUGGCUGGGCCCGGAAGUCAUCCUGGCCACAGAGCUAUAGUUCAUUAGGUGCGGUGGGGCCCAGAUCUAGCUGCAGCUCUCUCUUUGCUUCAUGCCCAGGGUCCUGGCCCUCUGCGUUCCCUCCUUCCUGCCUUCACGUGUUUAAUGAGUGCCUCUGUAGCACCUACUGCAUGUGGCUUGGUGAGCCAGAGAGAUGGGAUCAGGACCCACUGGUGCUCUCGGUCUAGAGGCAGUUAACUAACAGGCAACCAAUAAAAACAGUAUUGCAAACUCGGGGAAACGUGGUAGGAGAAAAUACAGAUUAUGACGUGAGUGCAUAAAAGGGAGCCUGCCGUAUCUGAGGAGGGUGGUCACAAAAGAAUUUUCUGGGAGCACCAGCUGGGUUGGUUGGUAGAGCAUGCAACUCUUGAUCUUGAGGUUGGAAGUUU